UGACGACGAAAGCGGAAAAUAUGCGAUGCUAACAUGCGGUGGGAAGUUUCGCACUUACAACUUUACUUAUGAGCCUAAGUACGUGCGCCUAAAUUAUUGAUGAUAGGAACAAAAAACGAAGCACUAAUCUAAGGCACUUCCACAAUAAGUGAGCUGUACGGAAGGGACCCUCAUUCGAUUCCCAUCCAUUCUUGAUCCGCUAUCCAGCUGACAGUGGGCUCGGCAUGGACCGCAGUGCAACGGAAGAAUUGAAAUGGAAGGUGGACGAAACUAAAGUUACUAAAGGUGACUGUGACUGGAGUUUAGUCCUCUCUGAAUUUGUGAGCGCUUGAGAAUCGGAGGAGUUCGACACCCGUGAGGAACCAGAAAUGACAAUGAAGAGCGAGAGCAGCGAGAAGCAGGAUAAAGGACACCCUGGAGUCUUAGUUCAUGUAGCUGAAGGGCUGGAUCAGGACAGCAAGAGUUCAUGGAGAGUUGCAGAUACCACUUUAUUCAAAACUGAAGAAACAACCUCUGAGCACAUUUCAAGUUACAUUAAACAAGAAGAUCCUCAAGCCGAAUCUCCUGGGGUUUUCCAUGAUGGCCUGGAGCAGGAGUUCCUUGGCAUGAAGGAAGAAGAGGAUCUUGUUGGUGUUAAGGAUGAGGUGUCACAUGUGGAAAUAUUUUCUACUGUUAAAAAAGAAGAGUGGGCAGAUAAAGUGAACAAAAUCGAUCUGGAAGGGCCUGUGCAGGAAACUCUGUCCUGGAAUGAGCCGCCAUCUGAGCCUUGCAGUCGGUAUGCGGAGGAGGAGGUCAGGAAAAGGAAUUUAUGGAAAGGAAGAAGUAUUCAAAAGCUGACAGUGGAGCAGGACAUCGAUAAGCCUCACACUGCUAAUGAAUUCUCAAAGAAACUAAAUAAAUUAAACCCCAAUAAAAUAUGCCAGAAACUGUGCCCAGAAAGAAAUUGUCAUCCUUGUGCUGAAUGUGGGAAGACCUUUAGCAGAAAUGAUCAUCUUAGAGUCCAUCAGAGAAUUCACAGGGGAGAAAAACCAUACGGGUGUACUGAAUGUGGAAAGAAUUUCCGUUCCAAAUCCCAUCUGAAUUCUCACUGGAGAAUUCACACUGGAGAAAGACCUCAUCGAUGUACCGAUUGUGGAAAGACUUUCUCUCGCUUUAAUUAUCUCAUAAUCCACCAGAGAAUUCAUACAGGAGAAAGUCCAUUCCAAUGUACCGAAUGUGGGAAGAGUUUCAAACGAGGUUCAGACCUUACGAGGCACCAGAAAAUUCACGGUGGAGAAAAACCGUAUAAAUGUGCCGAAUGUGACAAAACUUUCUUCCACAAAUCAGCCCUGAAAGAACACCACAGAAUUCACACAGGAGUUAAACCUCACCAGUGCAACGAGUGUUUAAAAUAUUUCCGACGAAGUUCAGAUGUCAAACGACACCAAAAGGUUCACACCGGAGAGAAACCGUAUCAAUGUAAUGAGUGUGGUAGGAGCUUUAGUCAGGCUACGGGCCUUAAAUUCCACCAGACAAUUCACACUGGACAAAAGACAUACCGGUGCUCUGAAUGUGGAAAGACUGUUACACAGGCUUCUUACCUGAAGAUCCAUCAGAGACUUCAUACGGGAGAACGACCGUAUCAGUGUACUGAAUGUGGAAAGGGUUUCAGGCAGGGUUCAGACCUUGGACGACACAAGCGAAUUCACAAGAGCGAAAAACCGUUCCAGUGCAACAAAUGUGAAAAGGCUUUCAGAUGGAUUGCGGAUCUUCGACGCCACCAGAUGACUCACGACAGAGGGAAAGUUUUCAAAUGUCCCGUUUGUGGAAAAUUUUUUAAACAGGUUGCCUGCCUCAUUCAACACCAGAUGACUCACACGGGUGAGAAACCUUACCAGUGUGCAGAAUGUGGCAAAAAUUUCAGCCGGUCCACACUCCUGAAAAGGCACCAGAGGAUUCACGCAGGAGAAAAGCCGCACGGGUGUACUGAAUGUGGAAAGACCUUCGCCUGGGGUUCGAAACUUAAGCGCCACCAAAGAAUUCAUAAGGGAGAAAAAACAAAUUAGUUUUGGUGAGAGUUUAAACCUGAAAAGACAUGAGGGAAUUCACAAAAGAUUGAAUAAGACCAAGAGGAGUGAAGGAGGAGAUGAGGACUCCUGUCAAGCUUAAGUUUGAGUGAGAUUUCAACGAACUGCCAGGUUUCUUAGGUCAUCGGCACUAAUGUCAGACCGAGGACCCUACCCUCAUUACAUACAGGUGCCGGUCAUAAAAUUAGAAUAUCAUGACAACGUUGAUUUAUUUCAGUAAU